AUGAUUGGUUACAUUAGAUGCUUGGCGAGGAACCAUGGCGAGGACUUUUACUACGUCUACAAUGCAGAUGAAGAAAAUAGAUUGUAUAACAUAAUGUGGUCGGACGGGGUUUCGAGGAUAGAUUACGCGGUCUUUGGUAAUGUCUUGGCCCUCGACACAACCUACAGGACUAACAAAUACCACAAGCCUUUGCUUUUGCUAAUGUUUCUUCAAGGAAUGAAUAAUAGGAAGCCAAAAGUUGUCGUUACUGACGGUGACAAUGCCAUGAAGAAUGCCAUAACGCAAGUCUUUCCGGAAUCUAAGCACAGGCUAUGCGGAUGGCAUCUAAUGGAGAACGUAGCGAAUAAUGUGAAGGAUAUAAACUUCAAGUGGGACUUCAAGGAAAUUAUGUACGGAUACUACUCCGAACCUGAGUUUCUCGAUAUGUGGCAUUCUUUGAUUCUAGCAUACGAACUGGAGAACAACUACUGGGCAACAUGUAUGUUUGAAAAAAGGGAGAGCUGGGCCGAAACCUAUUUGCGUGGCAACUUCUGUGCAGGCAUGCGAACCACUCAACAUAGCGAGUCGAUGAAUAGAAUAAUCAGACAAUUGGUCGACAGUACGAAGUCUCUCACGGACUUUGUAUCUUUGGUUGACCACGCCAUUAACAAGCUGCGCCACAAAGAUUUGCAGGAUGACUUCUCCACCAGACACAGUACUCCUUCUUUACGACAUGCAUAUAUUCUAAACCCAUACUAUCAACACGCUGCCUCUUUAUUCACAAGAAGAAUUUAUACGAAAAAGGUCUCUCAUGAAAUAAAGCUCAUACAUGCAUACACUGUUAGGCAAGUUGAUGAGAUAGAUAGGUGGGCUGUUCAUGCAAAGGCCCAAUUCCAAACACGAUAUCAAACUAAUAACGAGGUCCCACAGGAGAUAUUAGAACUAACUAGGUCCUACAGGGAUCCACCUCUUGUGAGGCAACAAGAGUCUAUUGAUGAAAUCAAUCCGUUUGAAGUAUUGAAAGAUCCUAUUGUUGUUCAAAACAAGGGAACGGUAAGGCGGCCGCAAGUAGGGCCGAGUGCUCAGGAAGAAUUGGGUUUGGAAAGAUUAAAAAGGAAGUGUGCCAUGUGUAAGGGCCAUGGGCACAACAAACAAACAUGUCCGUUAAAGAAAGACAAGGCCAAAACUAUGCUGACUUGUUCAGAAGGGAACGACGACAGCACACACCCGACACAAAUGUCUUUGUAA